CAAGUACAUCAACUUGAUCCCCUUGAAGAAGAAGCUGAAAUCUACUGAGAGGGUAUCCUGACUCACUCACUCGUCUAUUCUUUGUAGGUCUGGUCUCCCGUUUAAGUCAGCACUUCAGAGAAGAAGAAGAGGUCGUGAGCUUUUCAAUCUAGGUUACUCAGAAAUUUCGUACAACUUUGGUUCUGCUCUCGGCUGCUCUCUUCAUUUCCGUCUCGUCGAGUACGUGGUCGCCAUUUCCUUGGUCUGGCUCUCGGCUGCUUUGAUCACCGCGUGGUGGGUAUGGCCAGCAUAAAAUGUGUUUUAGCACCAAUUUAUUACAAUUUUUUUCAACGGCAAUGGCAAACUUAUAUAUUUACUAGAGAAGUUGCUCCUCUGGACCCCACGUGGCAAAUAUAGUGGGCUAGGAAGUU